AUGGCCGCCAUCCAAGCCAUCCAUGUACGCGGCUGGGAAGACCGCCCCGAGCCGAAGCCGCACACCGUCUACCGCAUCGAAAUCCAGGCCUCCGUCCGCUCCUGGCAGAUGUGGCGCCGCUACUCCGAGUUCGCCGACCUGCACGUCGAGCUCACCAAGUCCUGCGGCGCCCCUCCUCCCGCCCCUCUUCCGCCCAAGCACCCGUUCUCGUUCCUCCGGGGGAGCAAGACGAGCCCCGCGCUGCUCGAGGAGCGCCGUGCCGCGCUCGAGCAGUACCUCCGUGCGAUUCUCGCCGCCAAGGACGACGUCUGGCGCGAGAGCUUUGCAUUCCGCGACUUCCUCGGCGUCCCCGUCGGCAAGCAGGACGUCCUCGGGGGCGGCUCGUCCGCCGGGGGCACGGGGUUCACCGCGAGCUCGUGGCUGGACGAGCACCAGGACGUGCAGGCGCGCGUGCGCGACGUCCGUGCGGACAUCAACCGGCGGGACGCGCUCGGGGACGCGAACGACGUGGCGGGCUCGCGCCAGGCGAACCUGCAGGCGAAGAAGAAGCUCGCGGGCGUCCUCACGCGCGUGUCCGCGCUCGAGGACGGGCUCAGGGCGCUCGGGCUGGGGGGCAUGAGCGAGGGCGAGCUCCAGAGACGGACGGACAUGGUGGCGCGCUUGAGGGACGACUGCGAGAAGCUGGCGAAGAUCGUUACGGCCGCACGCACGACGUCGAGGGGGAUGGGGAGUGCGGCGGAGCGCAAUCCUGCAUUGGAGACGGACCGCGAGGCGUUGCUUGGGCCGUCGGGAGGUGGGAGCGGCAUGCCUGGAGGAUUCAACAGGCCGGUUGCACGCGUCUUCGGUCAGAAGGCUCAGCCUGUGGAGACGGAGGAAACGCAUCCGCUAGACGACCAAGGGCUCUUGCAACUUCACCAGACGAAGAUAGACCAGCAAGACGCACAAUUAGCUCAACUGUCGACCAUUCUUCAACGGCAAAAAGGCAUCGGUCUUGCCAUCCACCAGGAGAUUAAUGAACAGAACGAAAUGUUGGAUGGCCUCACUUCGGACGUAGACCAUGUUGGAGCCAAGCUCACGAAGGCGAAGAGAGAAAUGAACAAACUAGGUUGA